CUUAAAGAAGCUAUGUCGCAGAUAGACGGUCGUCAACGGGAAUCGAUCAAGCGCAGCAGAAAAAAAUAAAAGACAAACUAGGUUCGAAGUUGAGGGUUCGGAAUAGAAGACAGAGGGCGUCCGACGGGAGGGAUGGGCCGACCGCUGUUGUUAAUGAGAUCGAGGAUGGGUUACGGAGGGGGAUAAUGAUUAGAUGAGUCGGCGGCGAAGGGUUACGGCCGGAUUCUGAACAGAGAGAGAGAGUGAAGGAGAUGAAACGGUGACAUAAAAAAAGUUAAGGGGAAUGAAUUUUAAAUUAUGUGUGUGAACCACUUCUUUCCCUUUCCAAUGUAUGUUGGGAUAAUUAAUUAUUGAAUUAAUUACAAAUGACCAACUAUUAACUUCCUAUCAUUAGAUUAACACUAGUGAGAAUGGACGGUAAAGAAGAUGGGUGUCGAAAAUCAAAACCCUUUUAGGGGUAGUCACGCUAUCCGGUUGGUGUCGGCUCACCUUCCCUCCAUUAUUCUAGCUUAGCUUUCAUGGAGCCCCCCGAUCGAUCGAACGUCCACCGUUCAUCGAUCUCUGAUGUGGGGCACUGUUAUAUCUUAAUUCCCUCUCCUUUAAUUCCCCACUUCUUAAUUCUUAUCCAUUAUUCCUCAACCAUAUCUCUUUAUAUCAAUAAACCAUUGCCUCAUCUCUACCCACACCACUCCAAUAUCCACUCCACGAUGACGUCGUCAUCGCCGCACAACAUUACGUGGACAACAACCACCGUCGCCGUGCUGCUGCUAGUGAUCAUCACCGGCAGCAGCGGGUUCAGUACUCCUCCGGCGCGCUACAAUAAUAUCAGCGGCAGCAGCUUGGCGGCGGCGGAGGAGGGCCGGAGGGUGGAAGAUGAAGUGGAGAUGGUGGUGAUGGAUUCGGAGACCCACCGGCGGAUGCUCGUCAAUUCGAUCAGCUACGACGGAGUCAAGCUGCCGUCGAAACCGGCGACCAACUGUGCAAGAAACGACUACUACUGUUUGGAUAAGAUUCAGAAGCGGAAGCUCUACUGUGAUCACCACAGCCGCGAACCGGCGUGCCACGCCUGAUCUCUUUAAUCGGGAAUUAUUACGUUAUCUUUAUAUGAUUGUCGUCGCCCGGUCACCGUCGCCGGCGGGACCAGAUUUCGGUUCGGUUUUUCAUGAUUUAAGUGUAAUUUAUGGGUAGUUUUACUCUUCCUAUCCAUUAUUCUAUCCAUACUGCACUUUGGGUAGAAAUCAAAAUAAUGUUAGAUGUUGAAUAGUGAGAAAAUCAUACUUUUUCACUAGCAAAGUGUUUAUACGUUAUCCACUAAAUAUCACCGUUUGGUCGAUGGAUUAGAUCUUAUCAUUUCUUUUCCCAUUUUUUUGUGUUUGGUCAGUAAUAGUUAACUUUUAGUAAAUUCGGUUAACAUUAUUAGUGAUUAGGGCGAGCUAGUGUUAUUUCGACAAACAUCAUUCGUUUAACGUAAUUCGUGAAUUCAGUGAAUAAACGUAUUAUUUUGACACACAUUUUACUAUAUCCACAACAAGGUUGUCCGAUUUGUGCCGGUUUGACAAGUGGUAUGGUCCAAACGGCGGUACAACCGGUUUUAUGCCGUUUUAGGAAAGUGAACUCAUUAACACUAAAAAAUGACUAGGGAUAUGCAUAACAUAUUUGAAGACAAUGUCUCUGAAAUUCACAUCCAUAUUUAGAUCAAAUAUAACAUUCCUAACGAAAUGAAAAAUUAUCAUAUUU